GUAACCCUUUGAAUUUUCUCUCGAACGUAACUGGACUGUUUAAGCUUCCAAAUUCCUCCUCCUCCUCGUCCAUCCAGUUCAAUCUUUUCGUCGAUUCGAUUCGAUUCCAUUCCGUACCCAGCUUGAUUGAUCGGAGUCCUCAAGCUCUCCCAAAGCCAUGUCCAUGUUCAAGUUCUGGGGAUCUCAGGAGGAACCUACUCAGCCGCGUCCGGAGGUUGUUACUCCUUCACAGUCAUGGUACCCUCCAUCUGUAGUUAGUUCUCCGACUUCUUCUCGCCCUGGGACGCCGAGUAGCACCUCGUCUAGCAGUAUGAGUUACCAAAGGCCAACAGAAAGGGCACAGUCUGCGUUACAUGUUUCUCCCGCCGAAGCUGCCGCUGUUAUUUCCGUUCUGAAGGACAAGAGUGUUGAGGACCUACGGAAGCUUUUGUCUGACAAGAAUGCAUACCAGCAAUUUUUUCUUUCGCUCGAUCAGGUCAAAAUUCAAAAUAAUCUAAGAGAGGAGCUACGGAGGGAAACUCUGCAGUUAUCCAGGGAAAACUUGGAAAAAGAACCGCAGAUGGUGGAACUUAGAAACCAGUGCAGAAUAAUUAGAACAACAGAGUUGGCUGCUGCUCAGGAGAGGCUAAAUGAACUUGAGAGAAAGAAAGAAGAAACGUUGAAGCUAUGUUCCCCGUCUUCUCUUCUUCAAAGGCUUCAAGAAUCGAUGAAUACAACGGAGGAGGAAUCUGAAGCUCUGCACCAGCAGCUCCUCGACAAGGAGGUUGAUCUCGGAGCUUUUGUGGAAAAGUACAAGAAGCUUCGUACCACUUACCACAAGCGAGCGCUUGUUCAUCUUGCCGCAAAAACAUCUUCAAUAGGGUGAACAUAUGACCUUAGUAACUUGUAUACAUUUUAGUGGAUACUUCAUUGAAAAGGUCGAUAAAAAGUACCGUGGUGAUCGUUGCUUAUUCGUGUAUAAUUUGAGCAUCUAUUUGCCCUAUCACAUUAAUAUUCAUUUUUUAUAGUAAUUCUGUGUAUAAACAUUAUUGUUUUCUCAUUUGGACAUCCAAGGCUUAUAAACUUUGUUCGAAA